UUCAGAGUCCUACAGAGACUGAAGGCAGUAGGCAUGAGUGGUUUAUUCUCUAACUCUAUGGACUAAAGGGUGGAGUCAUCUGACAGGGUUCAGGAGCAGUAAGCCAGACAGUGAGGACUAGAAAGGAAAGAGGUUCUGUUGUGUGACCAAGUUGAAUUCAGGAUGUUUAAAAGCUUCACCAUGCUGGUUUUACUGGUGCCAGCAAUGUUUGUAUGGUACAGACAGCAGCUAUUGACUUUUCCAUUUAUCCAGCUCCAUAUUCUUCUUUCUUCUGGGGAGUCUGCUGUAAUUAGAGAGUUUAGAGCAUUUUGUUGUACAGAAGUCUAGUGUUUAGAGUAAGGCUUUACUUGUCAAGACUUUAAGAGUCUAUCUGUGGCUCUAUAUUCAUAUGACCUGGGAUCAGUCAUAUAACCACAGUUUUGAUUCAGCUUCCCAGACUGGAAACCAAUACCAACCUCAGAGGGCUUUAUUCAUUUGAUUGAGAUCUUUGGAUAAAAGCUAAUAGAAAAAAAACCACUAUGAUUCACACUCUUAUUGAGCUAUAAAUGUUCACCCUUUAUUUUUGAUAGAGAACAGAUGUGGAGGGAUAAAAUUUCUCUAUUAGUCUCAUUUUGUAAGCCCUGAUACUCUGAUGUUUUAUUGAAAAACUCUCCAGGCCAGUAGCUGGGAACAUUAGUGUGUGAUUCCUGGGUGUUUUGGGUAGUUAACAUCUUGGAACAGCAACCUACAAAGUCCUGAGCCAGGGCUGGCAAGGGCAGAUCAGCAGCAUGCCCCUCCUCACUAUGCACAGCCAGCAGAUCAGCUGGACUCCACUGCUGGUACUGGGGUACCUCUUUUACCUCCUCCUGGGUGCUAUGGUGUUCCAGCUGCUGGAGAAGCAGGCAGAAACACAUUUUCGGGACCAGUUCCAGCUGGAAAAGCUCAAGUUCCUGCAGAAUUACACAUGUUUGGACAGACAAGCCCUGGAGCAGUUUGUACAGGUCCUCAUGGAAGCAUGGGAAAAAGGGGUCAACCCAGAAGGAAACUCUACAAAUCCCAGUAACUGGGACUUCAGCAACUCCUUUUUUUUUGCAGGAACUGUUGUCACCACCAUAGGUUAUGGUAACCUGUCCCCCAGCACAGUGGCGGGGCAGAUCUUCUGUGUGUUUUAUGCCUUAUUUGGAGUGCCCCUCAACCUGGCCUUCCUUAAUCAGCUGGGGAAAGCUCUCAAUGCUCAUCUGCUUACCCUGGAAAGAUGGGUGCAAAAGCCAGGGCGUGCCCAGGUGGUUCAAACUCUGGCAGUGGCCAUCUUCCUGACCACUGGUACCUUGCUUUUCCUGGUGUUCCCACCAUUAGUCUUCAGUUACGUAGAAGGCUGGAGCUACGGAGAAGGCUUUUACUUCACCUUCAUCACCCUGAGCACCAUUGGAUUUGGGGACUAUGUAGUAGGCACAAACCCCAACAAGCACUAUAUCUCCGUGUACAGGAGCCUAACUGCGAUAUGGAUUGUUUUUGGCUUGGCCUGGCUGGCUCUGGUGUUCAACGUGGGAGCUGACUUGAUGGAAAGAUACCUUCAGCUAAAGUGGCACAAAUCUGACUUAAGCUUGGCAGAAGGCGACACCACCAAAUUGGAAGAUGAACCUGAGCAGCCUAGAAUCCAUAUCCCUAGCUGAGCAAGUGGGAUUCAGUUCUUACAGUCACUCAUUUUCAAAAAAAAUCCAAAGUGACUGCCUCCCAGCUUCAAUAAGAAGUCAUUUCACCAAGAAUCUCAAGUGGAAAAAGUCAGGUACAGAAAUCUUUCUUCAUUUCCAAUCAAAAAAUAAACAAAACCACAGAGGAAUAUCAUCAGAUAUGAACACCUGCUUAAUGACAUCCACUCAAUUAAGAUUCAGUUGAUAUUAUCUGAAAUGAGCAGCUUUCAUAUAAAAGGACACAAUUUCUGUAUUUUCUGGGCUAAAAUGUUUGUCUUUUAAUUGUGAGGAAAAUAUGUGUCUGUCCAGCUCUGUCUGGACAAUUUGUCUCAGAGCAAACUGCCAGCUCAAAGCAGGUCCUUAUCACAGUUCAUUUCACAGCCACCCGAAAACGGCACUUUAAACUAAAUCUAAAACCAAGGAGACAUCCUUAUUUCUAGCCAGAUCACAAAUACCAUUAGAGCCUGGAAUUUCCUUUGGGCCAGUUCAUAGAAGAGCCAUUAUGCACCAUACAGAACUAAUGCUGUACAUUUACCUCUAAAUAAGGCCAGUGAUAGGUUCUUGCAUUAAAUCUGAUGCUCAGUCAGGCCCAUUGUGUGAUUCAUCAGAAACUGGGAGAUUGAAUUUAUCCCAGUUAUUGUAAGUCAAAAGCAGCAGCAGCCAUCCCCAAAGGAGCUGAAAAACCAAAGUACAUAUAUGCACCUAAUAAGGGACUAGUCACUGAGAUGCAGCUCUGUAGUCACACUCUCUAUUAAAGUAAACUCCAGAAACUUGAUAAAACAAUUAUCCAUUCAUUUGGGUACCAUGCUCAAUCAUCACUAAUAUGUUCCAUGGGUAUGCUUGUAAUUACAAGCAUACAAUACACACUGCUAUUUAUUCAGUAUGUUUAUAUCUCGUAGUAACCAUCAAUUAAUCUCUUUGAAACUCAUUUAUAAGUGGAUCUUUAAUGUAAAGGAUGAGUGAAAUAUGGCUGGGUACGUAGACUAGCCCCAAGCUAGCUUAUGUCUGACAGACUAUAGGGACAUCAAAUGUCAGCCUUUCAGCAGCUGCUUUGAUAUUUCAUUUUGGAGACGUGUCCAUAAAACAUGUAGAGGCUUGUGUAGGUCAUUUAUUUUUUCCUUCAUACUUUCUGAGCUAGAUUUUUACUUCUGAGGAGGGUCACAACAGAUGUUUGUUCUUACACCUGACAAAGUGCAUGUUUUCUUUGCCAGUUGCUGACUCCUGCAAGUGCAGUGUGGCUACUCAAAUCUGAAAUGCUGGCAUAUAAGAAUGCUGGUUAUGGUUUAUUCAAAUAAUUUUAAAAAUUAAUAUUCGAAUGCUUAUCUCAUCCAAGAUUUCCCUCAUGUCUUACCACUACCUACCUCACAGAUUUUUAUCUCCUCGGUUUUUGCACUGAUCUUCCUCUAUGCCCUCAGCUAUUCCCAUAAAUUUAUGCAAUGGCUUUCUCUGUAGACUUUCACUGAGAGCAGCCAACUCUCUCCUGUCUGGCUUUCUGUAUCUUUGCAAAUCUCAUGGGAAACUUCGUCUCUCAGUAUUUUCUGUUCUUCAGACACAGUGUUUGCACUUGCACUUGUUAACAUCAUCACUGUCGCUGGACUCUGUACCUGCCUUGUUUUAACACCAUGAAACACUUUUGGCCUCUUCAUGUAAAAGACAAAACUGAAGUUCUGCUGACUUUUACAUCUAACCUGUUUUCUUCACCUUGCCUUUUUCCAUGCCUUCUGUACUUUAUCAAGCCACAGUCAGCCACAACACAAGCACUAGUCUAAAGGUGAUCCUAUCCAGUGCUUUACACCAUGCCGCAUGCCAUAAAAAAUGAUAAAGAGGUUUAUCAGGGAUAGAAAGCACUUACUGACAAAGUGUUUCUUAAAAUUAUCCUUACUUGACAUCUGACUGCAGGAAGUUUGGAUUGUUUUUACUGCAGUCCAGAAAAUUGCUCCUGUAUCUGCUACUGAUUUUGCAAACUAGCAGCAAAUGGUGAGACUACCUCCUGGAUUUUUUGCUACUGCUGCAUUUACUAAAGCUGACAGUAGCUGCAGCAGUUCUCCAUCUGCCCAACAGAAGACUCAGAAAGCUACCUUUAAAUGAAGCAUAUGGCCAUGUUGGAAGAGAAAUGAGAAGGAUGCUGAUGCCCUCUCCUGUGCUACAUAAGCAACAGAAAUUUCUUGCUUAUUUUGGCAAUUUUCCAAGGUUCUGAAAAGCUCCUGUCAUGCACACCUAUAAUAAAAGUUACUUUGAGAUAUGUACUGGGAGCACUGGCCCAGGUUUUGACCAUUGAUGCUUUCUGUAGUUUUCCUGUAGCAAUAAUGUAGCCAUCAAGUAUCAACUGACCAGCUAAGAAAAGUAAUCUGGAAAAACUGCACAAUCACAAGGACUUGCUAUGAGCCAGAGGAGUGCACAAAAGGGAUUCUUUUGGUCUAAUAACCCAUUUUACCCGUGGUAUAUUUCUGCCCAGAAUGCAGAGCACGCAUGCUCAGCUCCAAGCAUGGAAAACAACUCUUUUGCAGCCUCUGAAUGUGGCUUUGCUGGCUGUGGCAGAAGCAAUGGAAGUGCUCGUCUGUGAUGUGGAAAAGUAGCACUUUGUCCUGAGCAGCUGCCA